AUGCCUACUUUGAAACCCAAUGGCGCGACCGCGUCGAUGGGAAAUCUUUCCAGACCAGCAGUCGGCACAGGACAACGGGUCAAAUCGACUGUGAUGGGGCCAACACUUUCGACCCUCGGCGAGAACGAUACCGUUAAUGCAUGGAGUGUUGCUGGGAAGAAGCUACGUGCUUCAUCAACCGUGAACCAAGAGCAGAACUUUACAGAUCGUUUCGGCCAGAUGGGCAUCGGUAGGACGUCCAUGGAUCCUUCUAAUGCCCCCGGCGCAUCACAGCUGUCAAUGCAGUAUCGACCCACAAGAAGCCAAGCACCAACUCAGCUAUCCGUGCGUGACGACAAGGGUCGACCAGCUCAAUGGAUCAGGACGGAUCUGUGUGUCAAAUCUCCACAUCAGAGGAAGAGCUUUGCGAAAGGCAUGGUCAUAACAUUGCCUUUCCACACAGUAAACCUGAACGAGRAAGCUACCCUGGAAGACAAAUGUCUCGCGAUAACGAUUCAAGGUCCCGUGUACUCCAAGCGUCGUUUGGCCGUUGUGCUUUGGAGACAUGCCACGGACAUGAUUUGCUUGCCUCUCUAUAGCUGGAACAGCAAGGGAAUCACAAAGCAGCCUGAAUACCUGCAGCAUGAGUACGUGGAGAUCACCAAUUUUGGAAACGGUGCCUCGUAUGAGCAGGAAGGCCUGAAUGAAGUGCUAGAAGCAAAAAUGGUCCGACCCUUUGAUCGCAAGUGCUGUGUACAUGCUUCAGGAGGCUUUCGUGUUAAUUAUCAGGAGGACAUUGCUCUUGUCGGCCAGCUUUCGGAGCGAAGCAGAGUCUACCUUACGGAUGUUGUCCGUAGACUUAUUGAGAAUAGCCAGGCAGAGAGACACUAG